AUGCAACUAAUAUUUGUGAAUUUAUUUUUGUCUUGUAUCAGUAGUGUUAUUGGAAACUUUUGUUAUUGGAAUACUGGAUGUCCUUAUAAAUAUUUAUCCAGUGAGACUCCAUAUAACUUAGUUCGGGGUGAUAUACGAGACUCUGUUGUCAAGUUGAAUGGUUGUGAACCAGUUAGUGUUUGGGGAAUAUUCAGACAUGGAAAACGAUAUCCCGAGGCGACCACCGGCAAAACUAUGCAAGAAGCUGUGUCGUUACGACAAGAUAUUAUUUCGAGUUAUCAAAGGGGACACAGUUCAUUGUGUGCUCAGGAUAUAGAAAAUCUACACAAUUGGCAAUAUGACCCAACAAUUUUCGAGGACAAACAAGAUAUCACAGAAGAGGGCCGAAAGGAAAUGUUAUUUUUAGGGAAGCGAUUUAGAGAAGCAUUUCCUAAGAUUAUGAACGACCUACACGACGCGAACUUCCGGUCUGCUAAGGGAAUGUGGUUAGAAAAUAGUAUUAAGGAAUUCGUCAAAGGAUUGGGUAAUCCAAACUUAGUUAUUGAUCCGCCGAAGACAGCGUUUGAUGAUAUUGCGCCUUACCUGAGUUGUGAAAAAUCGCUCGAUAGCAACCCGAAAAUGUACACAGAAAUCGAGAAAUACUUAAACACCUCAGACUAUCUCGUUGUAAAGGACCGAAUACAACGUCGCACUGGAAAAGAAAAGCUGACCAUCGACAAUGUGUCUGCCUUGUACAAUCUAUGCCGCUACACAUGGUCUGGCAUUGACAGCACAACUAGUCCCUGGUGCGCACUUUUCACAAAGGACGACUUGCAAGUCCUGGAAUACGAAGAAGACUUAAAGCAUUACUACGAAAAUGGUUAUGGCCUAUCUAUAAACGAAAUCUUCGGAGGUAUGCCUUUAGCAGAUUUGUGGCGGAAUUUCGACAGAGUACGAAGCGGCGAGGGAAAGAAACUCGUUGCUUACGUCACUCACGCGAAAACCUUGGAUCAAAUUUAUACAGCCUUAGGACUUUUUAAUGAUACGAAUCCGAAAGCCGCGAGAAGAGAUGCAGAUAGAAAAUGGCGGAGUAGUAUUAUGUCUGGUUAUUCGGCGAACCUUGUUGCUGUAUUAAACAAGUGUACAAAUGAGGUGGACGAUUAUAACAUCGUAUUUUACAUGAACGAGGAGCCUAUUAGAUCAAUCUGUGCCGAUGGCGUAUGUUCUUGGCUGGAGUUCGAGCACAAAUUUAGGUCAUUUGUUAAUACAAAUUUCGAUUUUUGUCAAUUUUUAAAUUAG